AUAUUACAUAUAAUAUACUAGUGAUGUGUGGCACUCAAUCCUACUUACGUUUGGGAUUCAUCUUCUAAUAGUGGAAGCAAUCAAAAGAAACUAUCAUUGGAAAAGAGGAAUAAUAUGGCCGAGGGGCAAGAAAUACAGAUUCCAAGAGUUAAACUUGGAACCCAAGGAUUUGAGGUGUCAAAAUUAGGGCUUGGAUGCAUGGGACUUAGCUGGAUAAACUCUCCAGAUGCCGAAAAGGAAGGAAUCUCAGUAAUAAAACAUGCCUUCAGCAAAGGAAUCACCUUCUUCGACACAUCUGAUAUAUAUGGAACUGUGAAUUACAAUGAAAUUCUACCUGAUCAUUCCAAUGAAAUUCUUGUAGGCAAGGCGUUGAAGGAAAUGCCGAGAGAAAAAGUUCAGUUAGCCACGAAAUUCGGUAUUGUAAGUAUAAGCUUCGGACACGGACAGCCUCGUUGGGAAGUAAGGGGCGAUCCGGAGUAUGUUAGGUCGUGCUGCCAGGCGAGCUUGAAGCGCCUUGGUGUCGACUACAUUGAUCUCUACUACCAACACCGGGUGGAUCAAUCCGUACCUAUUGAGGACACGAUGGGGGAGCUGAAGAAACUUGUGGAAGAAGGAAAGAUAAAGUAUAUCGGAUUAUCAGAAGCGAGCCCGGACACGAUUAGGAGGGCUCAUGCAGUUCAUCCCAUCACAGCCAUACAAAUGGAGUGGUCACUUUGGACUCGUGAUAUCGAGGAAGAGAUUAUUCCACUUUGCAGGGAACGUGGCAUUGGAAUCGUUCCAUAUAGUCCUCUUGGCCGUGGUUUUUUUGCCGGAAAAGCGGUUUUGGAGAAAUUGGAUUCUAAAGUUCAUGCGGCUGCACAUCCUCGGUUGACAGGAGAGAACUUGGAAAAAAACAAACAGAUAUAUUAUCGGAUCGAAAACCUUGCUAAAAAACACGAAUGCUGUGCUGCUCAACUAGCCCUCUCAUGGGUUCUCCACAGAGGAAAUGACGUUGUUCCGAUCCCCGGGACGACGAAAAUUAAGAACCUGGAUGUGAACAUUGGCGCUAUGGCGCUGAAACUCAAAGAAGAGGACCUGAAAGAAAUUUCCGAUGCUGUGCCUCUCGACGAAGUAGCCGGCGAGAAAAUUUUCGAAAAUGCAAGUCCCCUGCAAUGGAAAUUCGCCAACACUCCGCGAAGGAAUCCGAAUUAAGGAUUUAAAUUUGAGCCAGACCUUUGAUGAUAUGCCUAAUGUUGGAAAAUACUAGUCCUUUUAUGUUUAUUUAAUUAUUUGGGUUCAUGUAGAUAAUAUCCAUUGUUAGGAGAGUUAAAGUUUCUUAGAUUUUGUUCUCUAUAAAUAUAGUUUGUACUUUAGUAUGAUAAACGAGUGAGUCACAAUGUAGUCAGUUUGGAUUAUGUAGCCGUCUCGACAAAUUUGUAGUAUUUCUUCAUUUUCAAUAAUAUUCCUAGUUUUGUAGAC